UUGUAUAAACCACUCAAAGCUGAGUGGUGGCUUUCUCCCUCUCUCUCACUCUCUCUCCUCUUUCUCUCUCUUCAAAACCGGAUAAGGAGCACGCUCUGUAUUUCUCGGCUUGCCUCUGCAAAAUCCUACUUGUUAUGUGCUCCAUCAAAACCCCAAAAACACCGCAGCUUUUCGAAUUCGUAAAAUCCCAUUCUGUGGGUUUUGAGCCAUUGAAGGCUGCAUGAGUAGUUGCAGGCCAGCUACCCCACCUUGUAAACCAAGGUUUUUGAAGCAUCAAUGGGGUUGGAUAUUCUUCUCUCUCACCCCUCUGCCCCUUAUUUCUCUCGCCACCUUCCUCUCUCUAACCCUCGUCCCACUUGCUGCCUCCAUUCUCGGCUUCGGCUUAGGCUUAGACCAUCAUCACAAUUUUCAACACUACCUUGUUUCAGGAUAAAUUAUUAUAGUUUGAAAUGUUACUUGAAUGCCGAUGUAGAAAUAAACAACAUUGCUACAGAGGAUGAUAUCACUGAGAAUCUUCCAUCUAUUCCAUCUGGAUGCUCCAUUCCUGUCGUGCAUCUCGAUACAGAGCUGCUUGAAAAUGAAUCUUUGCAACUUCUCAAUAAAGAUUCCUAUGUAAAUAGUCUUUGGACAGCUUUGCCGGUUCUUACGAAAGAGGAACAGGAUGCUCUUGAUGCAACUCCUGCCCAUCCUGCUGGCUUGUAUGCUUUGUAUGCCAGUUUUCUAGCGGGCAAUUUGGUGGAACAGAUAUGGAACUUUGCUUGGCCCUCUACCGUCGCACUCUUACAUCCAAGCCUUUUGCCCGUGGCGGUUGUAAGUUUCUUCACAAAGCUUGCAAUAUUUGUUGGAGGCCCCUUGGUUGGCAAUUUCAUGGAUUCCUUUCCUAGAUUACUUGCAUUCAAUUAUUUGAGUUUAUUGCAGACAGCUGCUCAAUUGUUAUCAGCAGCCAUGAUCAUUUAUGCCCUCAAUACUGCCAUGCUUGUCCCCUCUGCAACAUCUUUACUUUUGCAACCUUGGUUCAUUGUACUGGUAUUAGCAGGCGCUAUCGAGAGGCUUACUGGUCUCGCAACUGGGAUAGCCUUUGAACGAGAUUGGGUGGUACUGUUGGCGGGAACAAAUAGGCCAAUUGCUUUGGCCCAAGCAAACGCAAUGCUCAGUCGAAUUGAUCUUCUUUGUGAGAUUGCCGGAGCUGCUAUCUUUGGUGUACUUCUGUCCAAGUAUGACACAAUUACAUGCCUAAAGCUUGCUGCUGGUCUUAUGAUAUUAACACUGCCUGUUCUGUUGCUUCUUGUCUGGGUAACUAACAGGCUCUCAAAGGGAGUACUCAGUCGCCCCAAGUUCCCUUGUACCUGUGGCAAAUUGUGCAGACCAAUGGAUUUUCCUGCUGCUGGAAAUCUAGUGGAAAGGGUUAUGGAUUCCAUCAAGCAUGGAUGGUUUGAAUAUAGGCAGCAGCCUGUUCUCCCUGCAAGCCUUGCAUAUGUGUUACUUUACUUCAACGUUGUUCUUGCACCGGGGGGCCUGAUGACUUCAUUCUUAACGCAGCAGGGUCUAAAUCCAUCAAUUAUUGGUGGAUUCAGUAGUAUGUGUGCAUUCAUGGGUGUGGCUGCAACUUUCAUAUCUGCUGGCCUGGUCAAACGGCUUGGCAUUCUCAAGGCUGGAGCAGCGGGAUUAAUAUUCCAGGCCUCACUUCUCACUGUAGCAGUUGCUGUGUAUUGGAGCGGUUCUCUUUCUCACCAGAAACCCUUGCUUUUCUUUUUGUGUUUAAUAGUGUUGUCUCGGUUGGGUCAUAUGUCAUAUGAUGUUGUUGGCUCACAGAUACUUCAGACUGGGAUUCCGGCAUCGAAAGCAAACCUAAUUGGAACGACCGAGGUUUCCAUAGCAAGCUUUGCAGAGUUUGUAAUGCUAGGGGUUGCCAUUAUAGCAAAUGAUGUCUCUCAUUUUGGGUUUCUUGCGAUGCUGUCUGUUGCCUCGGUGGUAGGGGCUGCAUGCAUGUUUUGUAGAUGGUUGGCCAAUCCAACAGAUGAGCAAAGAAAGCUGUUCUCCUUGUUUUGAUCUUCUAGGCACUGGAAUGAGCAAUACUUUCAUGCACCGUCUACAAUUGAUGUUCCCUCUUCCUACUUGAAAAGUAAUUCACGUAUUUUUGUGGCCUUCUUUUACUUAGAAGAACUGGAUGUACGCCGUGCAUUGAACAGAUGAACGAUAUGAUAAGAGAAGAUAUGCAGAGUGCCUCCUUCACUGAUUCCCUGGAUGUAUGCGGUGCAUUGAACAGAUGAAUGAUAUGAUAAGAGAAGAUAGGCAGAGUGCCUACUUCACUGAUUCCCAUCCAUAUUUGCCAUAUUGUAAACGUCUUGGAUAAUUGUGAUCAAUUUUACAUAAUGAUUUAAUUCAUUGUUAAUUCACAAGUAAUAGUGAAAUGUUAUGGAAUUUUUAUGUUCAUGGGAAAAUGUAAUUGUAUGUUAUGGAUGAACAAUUUGUAUCUUAAGGUUAAGUCAUAAUGAAAAAAAGGGAUCAUUUUCGAUAGUA